AUGGGCCUGUGUGCUUGGAGCCAAGUGCGCCGCCGCCAGGCACUGCGUCAGGUUAGUGUCACCGCCCUCCGCCUCCAUAUCAUCUCCAUGCGACGGGCCCGAGCUGUCCAGGUCCUCGCCGAGCAUCAGCGUCGGCUGCACUGUUGGAUGGCGUCGGCGUCGGCAGUCGCGGAGGCAACGAGACCGGGGCCUGCUGCAGCCGCUCUUGCUGGCAGGACUGGCAUCUGCUGGGACCCAGAGCGAGAGCUCCGAAGAGUGGGCAUGCCACGUGUGGGCAGGAGAAUUGGAGAGCUGGUAUGUGGGGUGGUGAGCUCGACUUCUACCGCUGGCAGCUGGCAGCUGGGGGACACCUGCCAGGGCGCUCGGCGCACCUGGCGUUGCACCUGGCUCAGGGAGCCGAGUGAGCAGGGUGGCUGGUCCAGCCCCACACAAGCGGAGGACCACCUGCACAGUCGACCCAUGCCAGAUGUGGCAGUCUUGCAGGGUCGGGGCGUCCGCCAGCUGGCGUGCAGCGAAUAA